AUGGAGGGAAAAGCCGUUGCAGCAAAAGGAGGAGUCCUUGCUUGGUCGAUGAAGAAGAAGAUUCUCGUUUUUGGAUCUGCAACCAUCGUCGCUCUCGGUCUUGGUCUUGGCCUCGGCCUCGGUCUGGGAUUAAAGCAUCAUGACAACGACGGGGACGGCGACGCAGAUCAGAACGACACCGGUUCUAGCAGCAGUGGCGGUAACCAUAAUCGCAGUUCAUCCGAUGCCAACUCGACGGUCAAAUGGCAGCCCGCUGUAGGCGUCAAAUGGCAAAUCGAGCUACUCAAUCCACUUAACAAUACCUCGGUAGAUGCGCCCAUCUAUGAUAUCGACCUGUUCGAUAAUCCGAAAUCAACAAUUUCAGAGCUCCAGUCACUAGGCCGUAAAGUGAUAUGUUACUUCUCUGCUGGUACAUAUGAAGACUGGCGUGAUGAUGCCGAUGAAUUCAAGAAGUCGGAUCUGGGAAGCAACCUUGGCGAGUGGCCAGGCGAGAAAUGGGUCAACACGAACUCAACUACUGUACGCAAGGUCAUGAAGGAACGCCUUGACCUAGCUGUGACGAAGGGAUGCGAUGGUGUCGAUCCGGAUAAUAUUGACGCAUACGACAAUAAGAACGGUCUUGGUCUUACCGAGGAUGAUGCGAUCGACUAUGUGAACUGGUUGGCAUCUGAAGCUCAUGAUCGAGGGCUAUCAGUUGGCCUGAAGAAUGGAGGCGACAUCAUUGACUCUGUUAUUGAUAAUAUGCAAUGGUCGGUUAAUGAGCAAUGUGCCCAGGAGGAAGAGUGUGAUACCUACUCGGCGUUUAUUGAGGCCAAGAAGCCUGUCUUUCAUAUUGAAUAUCCAAAGGGGGACGAUACCAACAACAACAAAGAUGUGACGACAGCACAGAAGAAGGCUGCCUGCAAUGCGGACGGGUCGGACGACUUCUCGACUGUGAUCAAGAAUAUGGACUUGAAUAGCUGGGUCCAAUAUUGCUAA